AUGGCCCUCUUGAAGCGCUACACCCUCUAUGCCGCCAUCGCCUUUUCUAUCUUCUACCUCUACCGUCAUUUCAGCUCCCCGUCAUGGCUCGGGGACGGCCGCAUUGGCACGCCGAAGGCCGGACAGGACGCGCCGCUGACGGACAUCUCCUCCAAGAGCAGCUUCGACUGGAGCAAAUUACCCAUACGAUAUCCGGUCGAAUCACUGACCUCCCUGCCAACGGGCAAACCCCGACGUCUCCCACAGAUCCAGCACAAGUUUGAGCCAGAGGUUGUGACCACAAGGAACACCCGGAUCGCGCGCCGCGACGAGAUCAAGGGCGCAUUUCAGCGCUGCUGGAAAGCAUACAAGGACAACGCGUGGAUGAGAGAUGAGGUUACGCCUAUUUCAGGCCGCGCGAGGGACAACUUCGGUGGAUGGGCAGCAUCGCUAAUCGAUGCGUUGGAUACGCUGUGGAUCAUGGGCCUGAAGGACGAGUUCAAGACCGCUGUUGCGGCGGUGGAUAACGUCGACUUCGGCAAAACCAGUCUGGAGACUGUCAAUGUCUUCGAGACUACAAUCCGACAUCUGGGCGGCCUGCUGUCCGCCUAUGAGUUGAGUGGCGAGAAGACGCUGCUCGCCAAGGCGAUAGAGGUGGGAGAAAUGCUCUAUGUAGCCUUCGACACGCCCAACAGGAUGCCUAUCACACGCUGGGAUUUCUCCAAGGCUCAAGUGGGCGAGCCGCAGGUCGCGCAUGAGAACGUGCUGGAAGCAGAGAUAGGCUCGUUGACCAUGGAGUUCGCCCGCCUGUCUCAGAUCACAGGAAACACCAAGUGGUACGAUGCAGUUGCACGCAUCAUGAGCGUCUUCGCAGAGCAGCAGGAUCAAACGAUGCUGCCUGGUAUGUGGCCGCUAGUCGUCAACGCCAGGGACAAGAACUUCAAAUACGGCGGCGCGUUUACCUUGGCUGCCAUGGCCGACUCGCUCUACGAGUACCUCGCCAAAACGUAUGCGUUACUUGGCGGACUGGAGCCAAUGUACAAGAAGCUCUACGACAACGCGAUGGCGGCGGCAGCUCAGCAUACGCUCUACCGUCCGAUGACACCCGACAACGCCGAUAUUCUUAUGGCCGGCAUGGCCAAUGUCAACACCACUCGCGUGACGACGCUCGAUCCUCAAGGCCAGCACCUUGGCUGCUUUGCCGGGGGCAUGUACGCGCUUGGAGGCCGUAUAUUCGAGAACCAACGGCACGUUGAGAUCGGUCGAAAGUUGACGGAUGGCUGUGUUUGGGCAUACAAGAACUCCAGGUUCGGCAUGAUGCCUGAGGUCUUCCACAUGCGGCCCUGUGGCCCCAACAUGCGCGAUGUCUGCGAGUGGGAUGAAGUGGAGUGGAUGAAAGAUGUUGCCAUCAGGCACCCUCCUGAGGCUUCGGCUAGCGUGCUUGCGAAGAUCCCGAAGGGGUUCACGAGCAUCAAGGAUGGGCGGUAUAUUCUCAGGCCUGAGGCGAUUGAGAGUGUCUUCAUCCUUUACAGGAUCACUGGCGACGAGAAGUUGCGGGAUGCGGCAUGGGAGAUGUGGCUAGCAAUCCAGAAGUACACCAAGACUCCGCUGGCUAAUGCGGCGCUGCUUGAUGUCACAGUCACGAACGACGCGCCUACGAAGAUGGACUCCAUGGAGAGCUUCUGGAUGGCCGAGACACUGAAGUAUUUUUACCUUGUCUUCAGCGAGCCGGACCUCAUCAGCCUGGAUGACUAUGUAUUCAACACGGAAGCGCAUCCUUUCAAGAUACCGAAGUGA